AAGAGACGUGGAGGGAGGGACGGAGCCCGGACAGCGGUGGACACUGCCUCGCGCACCGGGAAGAACGCAGCUCGUACUCGGUGCGGAGCGCUGGGCACCGAGGUGGGCGGCCCGGGCGGUCUCCCGCCGUCAAUGCACAGAGCGCCCUCCCCCUCUGCCGAGCACCCGCCAGUUGGAGGGGACAGCGCCCGCCGGACCCCGCAGUCCAGACUCAAGUUAGUGGGCCAAGGGAAGCGGCCCAGUGCUCAAGCCAUGGCACUGCCUCGCACGCUGGGGGAGCUGCAGCUGUACCGGGUCCUGCAGCGUGCCAACCUCCUUUCCUACUAUGAGACCUUCAUCCAGCAGGGAGGGGACGACGUGCAGCAGCUGUGCGAGGCGGGGGAGGAGGAGUUCCUGGAGAUCAUGGCCCUCGUGGGCAUGGCCACUAAGCCCCUCCAUGUCCGGCGCCUGCAGAAGGCACUGAGAGAGUGGGCCACCAAUCCAGGGCUCUUCAGCCAGCCAGUGCCUGCCGUACCCGUCUCCAGCAUCCCGCUGUUCAAGAUCUCCGAGACCGCAGGGACCCGGAAAGGGAGCAUGAGCAACGGGCAUGGCAGCCCAGGGGAAAAGGCGGGUAGUGCCCGCAGCUUUAGCCCCAAGAGUCCCCUGGAACUUGGAGAGAAGUUGUCGCCGCUGCCGGGGGGACCCGGGGCAGGGGAUCCUCGGAUCUGGCCAGGCCGGAACACUCCAGAGUCGGACAUCGGGGCGGGUGGAGAAGAGGAAGCUGGCUCUCCCCCAUUUUCUCCACCUGCGGGGGGAGGAGUUCCUGAGGGGACUGGGGCUGGUGGGCUAGCAGCAGGAGGGACCGGGGGUGGUCCAGACCGACUGGAGCCAGAGAUGGUGCGCAUGGUGGUAGAGAGUGUGGAGAGGAUCUUCCGGAGCUUCCCAAGAGGGGACGCUGGGGAGGUGACCUCCCUUCUAAAGCUGAACAAGAAACUGGCCCGGAGCGUGGGGCACAUCUUUGAGAUGGACGAUGGUGACAACCAGAAGGAAGAAGAGAUUCGGAAGUACAGCAUUAUCUACGGCCGCUUCGACUCCAAGAGGCGCGAGGGCAAGCAGCUCAGCCUGCAUGAGCUGACCAUCAAUGAGGCCGCUGCCCAGUUCUGCAUGAGGGACAACACGCUCUUACUGCGAAGGGUGGAGCUCUUCUCUCUGUCCCGCCAAGUGGCCCGAGAGAGCACCUACCUGUCCUCCUUAAAGGGUUCCAGGAUUCACCCUGAAGAAUUGGGAGGCCCCCCGCUGAAGAAGCUGAAACAGGAGGUUGGAGAGCAGAGUCACCCUGAAAUCCAGCCGCCCCCAGGCCCUGAGUCCUAUGCACCCCCAUACCGCCCCAGCCUGGAGGAAGACAGCGCCAGCCUGUCUGGAGAGAGUCUCGAUGGGCACUUGCAGGCUGUGGGGUCAUGCCCAAGGCUGACGCCGCCCCCUGCUGACCUGCCUCUGGCAUUGCCAGCCCAUGGGCUGUGGAGUCGCCACAUCCUGCAGCAGACCCUGAUGGAUGAGGGGCUGCGGUUGGCCCGCCUUGUCUCCCACGAUCGAGUAGGCCGCCUCAGCCCCUGUGUGCCUGCGAAGCCGCCUCUCGCAGAGUUCGAGGAAGGGCUUUUGGACCGAUGUCCUGCCCCAGGAUCCCACCCUGCACUUGUGGAGGGCCGCAGAAGCAGCGUGAAAGUGGAAGCCGAGGCCAGCCGGCAGUGAGAGGUGGCCUGAUGUCCUCAGACCCGGACCGGAACCCUCUGGACUUGGGGCUCACGUGGACUUCUCCCCUGCCCCCACGCCCCCGGAGUCUAGUCACAAACCAGAUCCUUCCGCCGCCCUUCUCCUGCCUCUCCUCCUGCUCCAUGGGCAAAGGACUAUGGAGCUUCAAGCAAUAACGAGUAGGGGCCUGGCGGAGGACACAAGGAGGGUGCUUGGUGCCCCUCACCCCUGCCCAGAGCAAGGGAGCGAGGACUCUGCCUCCAGGGGCCUCCCCGAACCCUGCAUCUACACAGCACAGUCCCAUUCUCUAGGCUUGAAUCAGCGAUGUGAGUCGCUGGCCCCUGUUUGGACGUGGAGGAGAAGGGGCUUCCUGGGGAAAGCCCAGCAGCUAAAAGUGGCAACGUUUACCCAAGCACCGGGGGCCUGGGAACACUGGAACUGCCCCCUCUCCCGGCCCCAUUUUUGUGCUUCUUGUUUGUUUCUUUAAUUUAACCAGUGCUGCAGUUCGCAGGCCAUUCCCAUCGCACCCCGGAGCCCCAGGGCUGUUCUUUCCCGCCUGCCCUCUCUUGGGGAGGGAGGCGGUAGAGGCGAAGCAUGGGUGGGCCUCAGGGUCUCCCCCAGCUGGUGCCUGGACCACAGCACCUCUCUGAGCAGUUAGAGCAUCUUUCUUUUCAGAUUGUGUACAGUAGAUUAUUUAUUUUGUUAUUUUGGAAUAAAAUUUAUUUUAUGGCUUAGGA